CACCGCUCUCGUCGUCGCACUCGUCGUCGCACUCGCCCUCGACCUCGCCCUCGCCCUCGCUGGCGCCCUUCCUUAGUUUCUCCUAAUCUUCUCUCUUCGCCAACCGCACAAGACAGCCAGGACCUCCCGCUUGAUGUUCAUUUCUUCCAUUCUCGCCGUGGCCCUUGCGGCCAUUCCUGCCGUCUUGGCUCAGGACUACUCCGCAGCCCACAAUGUCACGCCCAUCUCUGGAACCUGGAGUUCAGGAUCGAAGAAGGUCAUCACUGGCGCUGGCUUUGCUAACCCGGCGAACAUGACCUUCAAUUACCCUCCCGUCACUGGCGUAUCGUACGCCUUCACGGACGAUGGAUUUUAUGAGGUCGCUCGCUAUCGGUUCAACGGCAACGGUUCAUCACCGAACUGUAUCACCGGUGUAUUGAAUUGGCAUCACGGCACACAUACACUGAACCCGAACGGCUCAAUCACGCUUACGCCGUUCGGUGACGGCUACCAGCAAAUCCAGGAUCCUUGUGCCGCCGAGUCCAAUUUUAUUGAGGGCUACAACACGACGGAGAUGUACAUGUCGUGGCAAAUCUUCAUGGACCCCGUCGAUGGUCCCAAGCUCCACCUGUUCCAGGCGGACGGCACGCCUGUCGCACCCCUCUUCCAGGUGUACUCGACCGCCAACAUGCUUCCGAACCAGCUCUUGCGGAACGUCACUGUUACCGUCACCGAUCAAUCAGCAGCUCUCUUUGUCUCAAACAGCGCGCGGCGGUGGACUCCAAGUGGCGUAGCGUUGAUCGUUUCUGGUGCAUUCACCGUUGGACUCGCGCCUCUGCUCCUCUAGAUUGGCUUGGACCACGACCACUAUAUCUAUCCGUACACGCACGUCGCUCACAUUCUGUCAUUGUCUCCCUCACCUCAUCUUGGCUCGCCCGUUCGAAUCUUAACGCCUCAUGCCGUCCUUACGUACACCGUAGUUACACGGUAGUGGUGGCUUUACACUCGCACGGCGCACGCGCGCACUUGCUUCUUCUGUGUUUCGAGUACUGUGGGCGGGGCGUCGUAUGCGUGCGUGAUUCCCACCACGAGAUUUUGCCUUGACACAUGACAUUUCUCUACCAUCGUGUCCGACCUGUCUUACGUUCGACUCCUCUAAACAAGUUACGAUACCCAAGCCCGUACGUCCCCAUCGUGCGUUUCACCGUCUCGUUGACCCAUUGCAUAUACAUACAUGCGGCCAGCGGGCUGCGUGACCGACACGCAUGCACCGUGUAAUCUACUGCAGUCCAAAC